AGUUUGAAGUUUUUUUAUUUAUAAUUUGUUGUUAAUUUGUUCUGAUACUGUUUUUAUUCUUUUUUUUGGGAACAAUCAUUGCAUUCUUGUUUGCCUCUUGAACCCAUUUUUUUCCUAAUAUUGGGUGGUUUGAUUUUGUCUGGCCAAUGGAUCAGAUCAAAAUUGCAUUUUUAUGGGUCAUGACUAAAUGUGUAUUGCACUUAGGAUGGUAGCUUUUGUGUAUUGUAUUUAAGCUAUAAGGUUGUGGUGGCCUCUUCGUUAGCUACUGGUGGUCUCAAUUUGUGUUUUUAGCAAACUGAUGAGUAUGUGUGUAUAAGUCAACAGAGUGUGAGUUUUUUUUUUUUUUUUUUUUAUUUAAUAGAGAAGAGCAUAUUAUAUAUGAGAAUCGACUCUUAUAUUUGUGCCUAGAUAUGCAUUUAUUAUGAUAAAUAGCUGUGGAAUUGCGUAGAGGUUGUUGAUGCAUAAAUACGUGUCGCGGUGCAAAUGUAAAGUUUAAACAACAGCAGAUUGACAAGAAAUGAUCAAAUGUGGCGUACGCAGCUGUUGUCCUUUUUGUUCUUCUGCAAGUCGUUGGGUGUUCUGCAAGGCCUUUCUAUCCACUCCCCAGCAAAGCAGAAAAUAAAAAUAGGCAGCCUCUUCAGACUUCUCGCCCGUAUAAUAUUGCACAUCGAGGUUCAAAUGGAGAGAUUCCUGAAGAAACUGCUGCUGCAUACAUGAAAGCUAUUGAAGAGGGUGCAGACUUCAUAGAAACAGAUAUCUUAGCCUCAAAAGAUGGUUUUCUUAUAUGCUUCCAUGAUGUAACCCUUGAUGAUACAACUGAUAUAGCAGAACACAAGGAGUUUGCAAAUCGUAAAAGGACCUAUGAAGUUCAAGGGGCCAACGUAACUGGCUUUUUCCUUGUUGAUUUCACACUAAAAGAACUAAAGUUGUUGCGGGUGAAGCAGAGGUACCCAUUCAGGGAUCAACAAUAUAACGGAAAGUUUCCAAUCAUUACUUUUGAAGAGUUCAUUUCAAUUGCUCUAGAUGCAUCCAGAGUUGUUGGUAUAUAUCCAGAGAUUAAAAAUCCAGUACUCAUCAACCAGCAUGUGAAAUGGUCAGGCGGUAAGAGAUUUGAAGAUGUGUUUGUGGAGACGCUUAAAAAGUAUGGAUAUAAAGGUGCAUAUAUGUCGAAAGAUUGGUUGAAACAGCCUGCAUUUAUCCAGUCCUUUGCUCCGACAUCACUUAUUUACAUAUCAAACCAGACGGACCUGCCCAAAGUCUUUUUGAUUGAUGAUGUGUCUAUACCAACUCAGGACACAGAUCAGUCAUAUUGGGAAAUCACUUCAGAUGGUUACCUUGACUUCAUCAAGGAAUAUGUGGUCGGGAUUGGACCUUGGAAGGAUACAGUGGUUCCUGUAGUGAAUAAUUAUUUGCAGACACCUACAGAUCUUGUUGCCAGAGCACACGCCCGCGAUCUACAGGUGCAUCCAUACACUUACCGGAAUGAGAACUCAUUCUUGCACUUCAACUUCAAUCAAGACCCACAUAUUGAAUAUGAUUACUGGAUAAACAAUAUAGGGGUGGACGGACUCUUUACAGACUUUACAGGCAGCCUCCACAAUUUUCAGGAACAGACCUCCCCUCUCUUUCCAGGUGAUGAAGAUGCAUCUAAACUAUUGCGUAAGAUAGCAAAGAUGCUCUCAAAGUAUGGACAGAAUUGACAUAGUUCAUUUGUGUUUCUCAUUAUUUCUUCAACAUAGGUUUUCAAAUGUGAAUUUCACACAAUAAUCUUAAUAAGUUUUUUUUUUUUUUGGGUAAUCAACAAUGUUAGUAAAAUUUGUUCAUAAAAGAUGGAAGCUUCAAGGUUUUUGUUUUCUCUA